UGGAGUUGAGCCAGCGAGGGCCCACGCUCCUCUGUUUUACCGCCGUUCAACUAUGUGAAACUGAAAUAGAAAUGACCUCACGGACUCACUCUUUGGAAUCAAAUCGUUUCAUUCAUGACUGUGACAGGAAUCUGCAAUGGUUUAUCACAUAGCAGUUGCAGUGCCAAUAUCAAUGGCGAAACCCUCGAUUUUCAGAUCACAGCAAUCCAUGGCUUCAGAUCUUUCUCCUGACAGUACGAUCUACCGACCCGAUGGCAACAGUCGCCGUCGCGAUCUUGUCUUCGUCGUCAACCCAAGAGGUGCAAAUGGCAGAACGGGUAAGGAAUGGAAGAAGCUACUGCCUUACCUCAGGUCCCGCCUUGGUGGAGAAUGUAAUAUAUGUGAGUCCCUAACUUCAGGACCAUGUCAUGCAAUUGACAUAACAAGGGAGGCCAUACGGGAGGGUGCUGAUGCCGUGAUUGCAGUUGGAGGGGAUGGAACUCUUCAUGAGGUUGUUAAUGGCUUCUUCUGGGCUGGAAAACAUGUCAUUAAUCAUGAUCAGAAGGCUGCCCCUUCAACUGCACUUGGUAUUAUCCCCCUAGGAACUGGGUCUGAUUUUUUCAGAACUCUUGGCUGGAAAAAUGAUUCUCAUGAUGCUAUUGAACGCAUAGCCAAAGGGCUGAGAUCAUGGGUAGAUGUUGGUGUUAUUAGUGGAGAAAGUGGUGGAUCUCAUUAUUUUAUUAAUGUUGCUGAUGUUCAUUUGAGUGCAAAGGCAGGCUAUUACGCUUCUAGAUACAAAAGAUUUAGAAAUUUGUGUUAUGUCAUUGGUGCAUUGCAAGCCUUUAUUGGACAUCAGAACCAGGACCUCAGGAUCAAGAUUGAUGAUGGUGAAUGGGAAAUAUAUCCUCAAGUAACAGCCCUUUGCAUUGGCAAUGCAAAAUUCUUUGGUGGUGGCAUGAAGAUUACCCCAAAUGCUGACCCUAGAAGUGGAAGUUUUGAGGUUGUGAUUCUUCAGGACUUCAAAUGGUAUGACUUUAUUUUAAACCUACACAAGCUAUACAAGGGGACACAUUUGUCAGUAAAAAAUGUAUCUUCAAGAAGUGUGCAUUGUAUUGAAGUGGAGGAGAUUGCGGGCAGCGGCAGUAUUCAUGUUCAGUCCGACGGAGAACAUCUGGGCUUCCUUCCCCGGAAAUUCUGUAUUCUUCCUGCUGCCAUUGAAAUGAUAAGCUAACAUGAUUGCCAGAGGACAGAGCUCUCAUUUACCCAUUUGGUCCAUCUCUGCGCAUCUCUCACUGAGCUUCUUUCCAACUUUCCCAACUGAGAGCAGACAGGGGAAAACAAACACGCCCCCAAGGAAAUGGAGCAAAACUCUGUGGUUAGGGGAAGUAGUUGGUAUGAUUUAUUGGAAUUUGGACUCACGACAAUCAAAAGAGUUGCAGUAGGUAGCCCCAUCAGCUCAUUGAAGUGAUGUUCAUUUAAAUAUAAUGAAUUGUUAAAUUUUUUUGAGUCGGUCCAGGUCCCAGUCCCAUCUGAGCUUCUUUUGCAAUUUAGGAGAUUAAUGUAAUGAUUUAAUAGGCGUUUGGUGUCCCAUCCCCCUUCAAGAUUGUCGAAUACACUCCAGGCCUGUCGCAUCUCUCUUUUUCAAUACCUGGCAGCUGAACAUCAAUUGCGCUCUUCAUUCUUCUUUUUCA